AACAGUAUGUAUAAGAAUGAAUCAAAUGAUAGUUUGGAUAUUUGUUCCGAGUGUUUUGGUAUUACGGGUGAGAAUCUCGAUACUGAGAUCAAUGAAGUGUAUACUGUAUGCUCUUUUUGUAUUGACGAUCCCAUUGGAGAAUGUACUUUUGCUAAUCCUAAUUCAGUUUCAGUGCUCUGCAUCAAAUGUGGUAAGAGAGAUGAUAAUAAUUGUUGUGAUUUUUGUUUAGAGAAUAGGUCUGAUCGAACAAACAGGGAUGGUUCAAAGAAAGAGAAAUAUCCAGCAAAGAGGUCUCCUUAUUUUAAAGAGAAAAGGGCAGAAAAGAGUCCUUACACACUGGAUCAGUUGGAGAAAAUAAAGAAAAUGACACCAGCUGAAAAGCGAGAUGCAAGUUGCAGAAAAUGUGGUUUGAUGUUCCACAAGUCAAACACAUGUGUGAACACAGAGAGAUUCUGCUUUUACUGCCAUAAGAAGGGACACGAAAAGAAGGACUGUAGGAAACUGAAAGAUCAAAAAUCUAAAAAUUAAGAAGAAAGAUCUCCCUGCUCUUUGUAUCGGAUGGCGUUUAUCGAAUUUCAGCAAGAGUCAAUCCUGGUGAUACAAGUAGUAUCAACAAAAUUAAUGUUAAUAAAGUAGAAAGUACAAAUAAACAGUUAAGUUCGAAAGAUAA